AUGCAUAUCAAAGAGAAGCUUUCCCAGAAUGAGGCUGCUGGGAGACCAGGAAUCUCAUUCGAGUUCUUUCCACCCAAAACAGCCCAGGGUGUCCAGAACCUUUACGACAGAAUGGAUCGCAUGCACGCCUUGGGUCCCUCCUUCAUCGACAUCACCUGGGGAGCUGGCGGCCGCCUGUCCGAUUUGACUUGCGAAAUGGUCAAUGUUGCCCAAUCGGUGUAUGGCUUGGAAACUUGUAUGCACCUCACAUGUACCGAUAUGCCCGUCGAGAAGGUGGAUGCUGCGCUCCAGGCCGCUUACAAGGCUGGCUGCACCAACAUCCUGGCUCUUCGUGGAGACCCCCCUCGUGAAAAGGAAAAUUGGGAAGCCACCGACGGAGGAUUCCGCUAUGCGAAGGACCUGGUGAAGCACAUUAGGGAGAAAUACGGCAAUCACUUUGAUAUCGGUGUCGGAGGUUACCCCGAGGGUGCGGAUGACAACCCGGACGUUGAUCUUCUGAUUGAUCACCUUAAAGAGAAAGUCGAUGCAGGAGCCUCUUUCGUGAUUACUCAGAUGUUCUACGAUACGGACAACUUCAUUGACUGGGUAAAGAAAUGCCGCAACAAGGGCGUCGCGGUGCCCAUCAUCCCCGGUAUUAUGCCCAUCCAGACGUAUGCUGCAUUCAUCAGACGAUCGGAGUGGACGAAAACGCGGAUUCCGCCUGAGUGGCUGGAGGCCCUGGAGCCCGUUAAGAACGACGAUGCCGCUGUGAGAAACAUCGGUAAGCGCCUGGUCGCGGACAUGUGUAGAAGGCUCCUCCAGAGCGGUCUCAACCACCUGCACUUUUACACAAUGAACCUCGCUCAGUCAACACAAUUGGUGCUCGAAGAUCUCAACCUUCUACCGUCCGAGGAGACACCGCUUCAGAGAGCCCUGCCUUGGCGGCCGUCGCUUGGUCUCAAUCGCAGAGGCGAAGAUGUUCGUCCCAUCUUCUGGCGGAACCGCAAUUCUUCCUACAUCGCUCGCACGCAGACUUGGGAUGAAUUCCCUAACGGACGCUGGACUGAUUCUCGGUCGCCUGCCUUCGGCGAGCUUGACAGUUAUGGUAUUGGUCUCAAGGGUACGAACGAGCAAAACAUCAAGCUGUGGGGACAACCUAAGUCUAUCAGGGACAUCACCCAUAUAUUUGUCGACUUCCUAGAAGGCAAGUUGGCGCGACUGCCUUGGAGUGACAGCCCGAUUACUGCCGAAGCCAACGCUAUCAAGGAUGACCUUAUCGAGCUAAACAAGAAGGGUAUCUUUACCAUCAACUCUCAGCCGGCCGUGAAUGGUGUGAAAUCCUCCCACCCGGUAUAUGGAUGGGGUCCCAAGAACGGUUAUGUCUAUCAGAAGGCAUACCUGGAACUCUUGAUUCCUUCCUAUCUGCUUGAUGACUUGAUUGCCCGCAUCGAGAAGAACGGUUACCUCACAUACCACGCUGUCUCUAAGAAUGGGAACCUGCGGACCAACACUAAUGACAGCCCCAAUGCUCUAACCUGGGGUAUCUUUGCGGGACGAGAGAUUGUCCAGCCUACGAUUGUGGAGACAGUCAGUUUCUUGGCUUGGAAGGAUGAGGCAUACCGUCUUGGUGAAGAUUGGGCCAAAUGUCACGAUGCUUCCAGCCCCAGCAGAAAGUUGAUCCAGAGCGUUGUCGAUGACUGGUCUCUUGUUAACAUCGUGAACAAUGAUUUCCACAACACCAGCAGCCUCUUCGACCUCUUCAAGGAUCUGACCGUGAAGGAUCUCGAUACCGAGAUUGCGGUCGAGGAUGGUGAAACCAAGGUUCAUCAAAACGGCGUCGCGAACGGAGUCGAAGCCACCAACGGCACCGUUGCGAAUGGAACCACAACGGAGCUUCCAGUCAAGAACUAG